AUGAGAAGUCAUACAAAAAAGUUAACGAUUAUAUAAGAAAAUCAUUUCUAAAAUCAAAUCUUAGAAAUAACAAAGAUUAUACGUAUUUACAAUAUUAAAUCAAUAGGUUAGGGAAAAUAUAAAGCUGGAUUUGGAUUAAUUAACAAAGAAUUUGAAAGAUCAUUGAUUAUGCAAACAGGAUGGCGCAUUAGAAUUUAAUUACUAAGAAGAGGAAUAGUAUGUCUAAUAAAGAUUCUAAAGUCAUAUUCUCGAGAAGGGAACAAAUAAGAAAGUUAAUUACACUUAUUGAGAAAGUUACAACAAUUCUUAAUGUUUUAUGUUGAAAUGUUAGAAAACUAAGCUAUGGAAUAUAGUAAAAAUUGAUAAGAAAUUUAUUAGAAAAGUUUUAUUUGAAGGAUAUUCUUUAUAGAUUUUCUUAAAUAUAAUUGCUGAUAUUUUCAUUAUCAAAAUAACAUGAAGAUAUUCGAUGCGUACUUUAUUGGAAGCCAAUUUGUUAUUAUAAGGAUUCUCGAUUCAAUAAAAUUAAAUUUUAAUAUAACUUAUUAGUUGGACAUCUGCAUUUUUAAUUUAAGUUAUAUAAGCCUGCAAUUUCUUAUUAUUAUGAUGCCAUAACUGAAUGCCAAUAUAUUCUGAUAGAUAUAAUUAAUCAAGAUUAUCAUCUUAAAAAAUUAGAGAACUAAUUUUAUAAUGUUAUAUCUUGGAUUAUUGUUACACUUUUUAUAGUUGGAUUUAUAUAUGAAUUACAAUCAGAUUAUAAUAAAUUAUUGGAAACUUAUAAAAUAGCAUAAUGGUUAUCCUAAAUAACAAAUAAUUUUGGAUUGUCUGCUUUUAUUGAAGAAUAAUAUCAGGAAUACUCGAACAAAGUAAUAAAUUUAAAUAUAUUUUUAUAGUAUAGACAAUUUAUGAAAGAAAUAUAGGAAGUGAAUUAAAUUUUGGCUCCACUUUUUCCUCAAUCUAAUAAACAUGAUAUUUAAGAUACAAGUAAUGAUUAUUGGACAAAAUUAAAUGAAGGAUUUUAUAGAAAAUAUAAUAAAGACAUUAAUUUACAUUUAUAUUCAAUUUUACAAUAACCAGAUGAAUCUAUUUAUAAUAAAAAAUUAGUUCGAUUAACUGAAUAAGAAACUACAAUUUAAUCUAAUAUUCAUACACCUCGUUAAUAUGAAAAAUGUAGAACAUUUAAUUCAUUGGAUGAUGUAAAAAUUAGUAAAUAGACUACAAAUAAUCCUUCUCCUUAACAUUCUCAUAGAACCCCUAUAAUAGCACAUUAGAAAAGUAAAUCUCUUAGAUUCACUUCUGAUAUUGAUUAAAUUUUAAAAAGAUUACCAUAAAGAGAGAUUGAAACAUUCUAAUCAUUAAAAGCAAAAAGAGAAUUAGAUUUAUAUUAUUAAUAGAAAGUUCUCUCUUCAUUUGAAGGUGCAAACUAAAUUAAAUCAUUAAAAUCAGUUAAGCAAUAAAUAUCUUUAUAAGAAGAAUUAGAUAAAGUCUAUUAAUCAGAUUUAAUUGUUGGCAAAAAACUAUUAAAAUUUUAAAAGUAUAAUCAUUAAAGAGUGGCGACAUAGUCUAAUAUAAUGAAAAUUAUAUCUGAUAUUUCAAAAGAAUAAGAACAUUUAGAAGGUAUUAAUACUGCUAGAUUAACAUUAUAAGGAACACAAGAUAUUGAAAAUAAAAUAAGAUUUGAAAUUUAAUAAAUCAUAAAAUAAAAGUCAAUUUUUAAUGAAGGGGAAUUAAUGGUAAUUUAAUUUCAUUUUUAUUUAGAAUCUUAAAUAAUUAGUUUCAGAUUAUGAAACUAAUUUAUCUAAAGCACCAAAAAUACAUGAAUAACCAAUUGAACAAUCACAAAUAUCUAAAAGUUUAAGAGAAAAAAAUAAUUUAAUUAUAAAAUCGAUUGAUUAAACUAUCAAAAGAAUGCCAAUUGAAUAGUUGAAAACAAGAAAGUCUUUUUUAUCUCGUGUAUAAGAAAGUUUGCUAAAAAAAUGA